UCAGAACUAAUUCUCAUGUCAGCAGAAAGCUCAACCAUCACAGUUCGUCUCAUUCGCUCCUUUGAGCACCGGAAUUUCAGACCUGUGGUGUACCAUGGAGUUCACUUGGAUCAGACAGUAAAGGAGUUCAUGACUUUUGUGCUGAAGGAUGUGGCUUCAAGAGCAGGACUUCCUCCUCCUUUUAAAAAUUACAAGUAUGAUACAAUGAAGAUUAUUCACCAAGCACACAAAUCUAAGACUGGUGAACUUGUAGUGAGUUUGGAAGAUGAUGACAAACUGAUUUUGAAAGAAGACAGUACACUGAAAGCAGCUGGAGUAGCAAAUGAGACGGAAUUAGCAUUCUUCUGUGAGGAAGAUUACAGAAACUACAGAGCUAAUCCUGUUUCGGCCUGGUGAAGAUCCCAAGAGACUGUUUUGUUUUCCCAUACCUGUUGUAAAUUUUCCUUAUUCUGCUUAAUGAGGAUUUUUCUGAACGAUCAAUAAAUCCUGGAGGAUUGCUUUGCAAACAGUGCAGUUCCCUUCCUUUAGAGAUUAAUUUCUGUGCGUGUGCUAAGGCUGACGGAAG